AUCACAAUUUAGAACUGGGUCGAAUAAUAUUUAAAAAAAAAGUCUAGUACAAGAAUCACUUUACAUGUGAGGUGAUCAAUAACAUGCAAGAGAUCAUUCGGCCGUAGUUAUUUUUUUUUUUUCUUACAUCGAAAUGAAAAGGAACAGUUACUAGAAUCGAGUGAGACUUGAGGAAAAGAAGAAAAAAGUAGGACCUUACCGUUAAGAAAUCCGAAUAUGAUACACAGACCGCGGGUUGUGUUACCGACGUUUCCAUGGAUCUAAAUGUAAAUGUUCUUAUAGGUGUCUUGGGCGGGAGUCUGCUUGUGUUGGUUGUAUUCAUCACUCUUUGCUUCUUCUAUAUGUUCAAUCUAAUGCGGCAUUCCCGAGCGCCCCAAAGGAAUGAAUGUCUGAAUCCAAUGAUUAUCAUCAGAAACCCUCAGAACAGGGAAGGAGUUUCCCUUUUUACUCAUAAUACCAGCCAGAUUAUCCCGAACAAGAUUCCUUGUUCUUCAAACACCAGCACCAAUGCCAACCAGGACCCUGAUUUCAGCAACAGCGAAAUUCCUUCUCCAGAGUUCCGGGUCUUUCCACCAGUGCUGGUGAAGCACGACCAACACUCCACUCAAGACUCGCGCCCUCCGGUCCUGACCCCGAAGAUGAUCCUACCCAGCUGUUCUGGAGCAAAAACUGGUCGGAACAACAGGGAUCGUUUCAAACACGAGGACCCCUAUGAUUACCCUCCUUCGCCACGACGUAUCAAGUCAGCAGUUGCAGAUUCAGGGCAAGGCGUAUCUCAGACAUUGCACGAGGCCGAUACAGCGAGCUUCAAAGACCCAGCCGAAAGCGUCGCAGAAAACCAAGUGAUUCUUAACGACCCUGAAGACUCGUCCGGCGGAGAGGGCUCGCAUGCCCAGGCUCCCGAGUCCUGCGUUCCCGAGCUGAACAGCGAAGGAAAAUCCGAGAAAGACUGUCCCCUCACAAAGGAAGGAUCUGAAGCAGAGGAUCGUCCUCUGGGCUGCAAGACCAUGAAGGGGCGGCCGGUCUUCGCCUCGCCUAUAUUCACAACAGCCAUCAGUGAAAUGAAGAUGCUAAAACUCUUUCAGCAGAGGAAUCAGUGGAAGGACCCGACGGAGCUCAAUGAUACAACAGGAACAAGUGAAUUAUCUUUGGAUGAACAAGAACAAGAACAAGAGGAAGCUUCACCUAACUCUAUCACCAGGAAAUCCCAGGAAAGCUCAGCCCAACUGGAAGAUAUCGCAAACAUGGAAAAAAUCUCCUCGCUGAUCAAGAACGUUAUUGGAGAGAAUUCACCGGAAGUCUUGGAACGCAGGGAGUACACUGACUCCAAUGAUAGGAAGGAGGAAGAAGAUGAGAUAGAGGGAGAAGAGCAAGUGGAGGAGGUGGUCGAAUAACACUAAGAAAGGUGAGGCUAUUCACUCUGGGGUCAUCAGAAACUACGUCAGAUGCUGAAAUGCCUCUGGAUGGAUCGGUUCUGCACUAAAGGGUCAGAGACGAAGAUACUACUUGCAACAUUUUAUCAGAAUAUAUUUAACUAUGAUGCACGGAUUUUGUUCUCAUAAAAAAGGAUGUUCAUCGAAAAUGAUUUUUUUCUUAUGUAAAUUGAAGAAGACAAUUAUUGUUUAAUAACAGUUUUCCUUUUCUAUGCAAAAUAGAAAGAAAAUGAUUAUUCUUAAAAACUUCAACUGAAAAUUAUGUAGCGUAAAUUAUCCAGAAAUGCAAACCUAGGUUUUAAGAUGA